AUGCAUGCGAAAGGAAAAGGGGCUCAUCCCUCACUGCAUCCACAGUAUAUUUGGGUCGGAUACUCCCUGGUUCAGAUGGAUGCAGUGAAGCAGACCUUUCCACUCUUAUGGGGCCAUCUUGCUCUACCAGAUGCAUCUACAUUCAGUGAUCAUGUUCUUGCCAAGCUACAAGCUGUUUAUGCUGAGCUUCCACAAAAUCUAGAACACUUCAACUUGCCACUCAAUGGCCACGGCGCCAAUUCCAAGCGUAAUAUGGCUCCUUCUCACAAGUUCCUUGAUGCCAUCGACGGCAAGGCAAAUAUUCUGAUUACUGUGGAAUCUCAUGCCCAUGUGGAAUAUGGCACUAUUGUUUACGGGCCAAAAGCAAAUCCCAAAUCAACGUCCAUUGAUCAGAUCCUGAAAGCUUACCUUGGCGACCACUUGCUGCAGAGGAUGCGGAGCAAUGACACUGAGACCCGUGGUCUAGCUCUUCUAAUGUGUGCCCCUGCGUUCACAGUACCGGAACAUUUCAACCAGAUCCUUGCCCUGGUUCAGGACAAAACCUUUUCAUAUGUCAUUGGCUUUAGUGGUGGUGGUGUUGUACCUGAAGUCGUUGAAGGCGCUCUGGCCAACUUUGUCGAACAAACAAUGGUGCAUCAGACCAGCAUAUGGGAUGCCGCCAUCCGUCAUCUCACCACCUAUCAUGUGCUGCACCAUUCAUCUGUCUGCAUUGUCUGGGCUGUGCAUGAUUCACAAGGCACACGAACAGUCCAUGCUCGCAACUUGGUGCAGUCGCAUAUACAAAUCCGGAUAUGGAGUAUCGAGUCCACCCUCUUAUGCUGGCACGAAGAAUGUGUCGCACCUCCAGGAAAUGUUCGAUUCCACACGCGUCACUUCCGUAGUCUUACAGCUGGAAACGCUCACAUCGAUGGACAGCCCAGGUUGUGGACAGACCCACACGGAAAGGUUUAUUGGCAUGCAUGGCCGCUCGAACCGAGCAUCAGGCGCUCUGAGAAGAAUGCGAGGGCAAGGGCUGCCGCGGAGAAGGGUGACGAGGCACCGGUCGAACCAAGCAUCGCUUCUGGCUCCAAGAGCCCGCAACCGGCUUCAGAAGUAGCAAGUAUUGCGGAUCAGGCAGCCGAAGAACAGGCUCGCACUCUCCUUGCAGAAGCGAGAGGCCCAAACCGAAUGUCAGGAGCACAAAGACGCCGUGCAAAGAAAGCGAUAACAGAGGCUGCCAUGGAGAUGGGUGAUGAUAACAUUCAUGAUGCUUGA